AUGUCCAUCACUCCAACACCCAGUUGCAGUCAUUCAGAACAGUUCGAACAGCCCAACUACUUUUUCGCACCCGACGACGACAUUUUGAGAGACUGGCUGGAUUCUGAUACUAUAGUCAAUUCCAUUGUUGAUCUUUCCCCCGUUAACACCUUGAGUGAUCUAGUAGACAUAACACCUGAAGAAGAAUUCGAGGGUAAUUAUUCCUCAAUGCCGCAUAGCCUUCGAAGAGUCUUGACCCCACCUUUGGAGUGCGACGAGUCCUCCGUCAGACGGAGCAUACUAUUCGAGUCCUCCAUUCCUCCACCUCCAUGCACAGGAAUGUCCUCUUAUUCGCGAUAUCAUUCGGAGCAACUUCGGCCUUCGAUGCAUCGCGCGCGCCAAAGCGUAUCAUCUAUAGCCUCCUGCUCGACCGUAUACACAAAAUCAGCUCCCGCUCCUGUAAAAUCUAUUCUCACACGACAUGACUCGGGAAUAUCCCUUGCAACUACAACAAAGACUUCUCGCAGGAAAAAGCGGUCACCUCCGUCGGUGAAGUUUGUUGAAGCGCCGACGGUGCAUUAUAACUAUUCACCAAGUCCUCUACAUUCCCCUCUCGCAACCUCAUCGAUUCCGAGAAAGGAUAAGCCAGGUCGAUGGUUUACCCGGUGGUGGAAAAACACCCCGGGUACACCUCCGAGACCGACUAUAUCUGGCCCAUAUAGUUUAGGCCGUACCGCAUCAUUGGUCGAUAUGCAUAGCAGUCGUUCCAGACCGACCAAGUGCGGGAGACUGAAGCGGUUCUGGGUAUGCGUGACGAGUGUGGUCCGAUAG